CACGCGACAGCUCCUCCCCCCCGCCCCCACAGGAGCGGCGCAGAAGAAGGGAGCCCUCUUCGCCGCCACCAGCGCGCAAGCUGCCCGCGUAAAGGCCGCGCGUCGGCCACCGCGUAAGGCCGCUGCGUCAUCUCGCACAAGGCCCCUUUCUUUUCACCGCUCACCCGCGCGCCACCAGCAGAGGGCCUGCCCCGCAGCGCGCGGGGUCAUGGCCACACGCGGCGGCCAGGACGAGCAGCUCCUCGCGGGGCCGGACGCGGCCCUGGGCGCGGCCCCGGGCGCUCCGGGCCUGGAGAGCGGCGGCGCCGAGGGGGAGCCGCGCACCUGGCGGCUGCGCGCGCGCGCGGUCUUCGCCGCGCUGGUGGCCUGCGCCGUGCUCGCCGCGGUGGCGCCGGUCGGUCCCGGGGCGGCCGUGCGCGCCCUGGCGCACCAGGCGCGCGCGGCCGUGCAGCAGGUCGGCCCAGGAGCGCUGGGCUCCGCUGUGUCGCUCGCUGCGUCCGCGGAGGAGUAUACCGAGAUGUUGGACGCGGUGAACACGGAGCGCAUGAAGCACGGGCUCAGCUCCCUCUGCUACAAUGACAAGCUCAACAAGGCCGCGCAGGCGCACUCCGACGCGAUGCGGUCGAGCGGGAAGUUGUCGCACUGCUGCGGUGACAGUGACGGCAGCAGUGUAGAUGCCCGCGUUUCGCAAGAAGGCUACAAUUGGAGGGGGACGGAGGUCUUCGAGAACAUCGCAAAGGACACGCGCAGUCUCUCCUCUGUGAUGGGUAGCUGGCUGGCCGACAGCGAGGCCCAGGCCAACAUCCUCAAAGGUGGCAUUUCCCACUUCGGCUUCGCCAAGAGUGGCGACUAUUGGACACAGGUGUUCGCCUCUCCCCGGGGUCCCGAGGCCUGCAUUCGGGCCGGGGGCGGAGCGGAUGGGCACGGCGGGCAGUGCAGAGAUUUCGUGCCCGCGGGCGAGUCAUUCUGGCACGAUUCCGACGGGCACUGCUACCAUUGCGAUUGGUACGCCGUGGGCAACAGAUGCAAGGAGCACGGCCACGCUUACGAGAAGUUCGGCCACACCGCCAACACGGCCUGCUGCGCUUGUGGUGGCGGCGGCGGCGGUUGUGUGGAUUUGGUGCCCGACGGGAUGGACGUGUGGUACGACUCGGAUGGCGAGCACUACCACUGCGACUGGUAUGGAGCAGAGGGCGGUACCGACUGGACUGGAGAGAGACUUAAUCGUUGCACGGCAUACGGCGACCACAGCGCCAAUGGGGGCCUCACGGCCAGCCAGGCCUGUUGCGUUUGCGGCGGUGGCUACACUCCCGCCGAAGGAUCGCCGCCAGCACCAGCGCCCCCGCCCCCCAGUGGUUUGGAUUGCGGGCAUCACUGCGAGAAUAGUGGGGAUUGCGCUCCGGCCCUCUUCUGCUGACCCUAUCACCAUCUGUGUAUGGACAGAGCGACAUCAUCAACUGCUGGGCCGAAUUGCAGGUAGGUCAGUGAUAACACAAUUGAGUGGGCGACUGCUCACCUGCGUGCAGUAGCGCGUAUGUACUUGGAGCGUCGAUCUCGUGAGUAGGCCAGAAGCCUGUACCUCAGUGUGCUUUUGACGGAUGAAGGCAUUACAGGCGGGACCGUCCGAAGCACAAGUUCUGUCUGUUGCCCGAUUAGUUGGGAGUCUUACGUGUAUUAGGUGUUUGGUUUCAUUGUCGAGCGAUUCGGCUCCUCGUCCCACAGUUUAGGAUGCAACACUUGGAAGUUUUAAAUCGUUGUUGCAAAGAUUUCUCAGCAGUUGCCUCCUAACACAAUUCGAUGCGCACAUGCGCGGCGUCACGAAGGCGUCCCACUCCUCUGCGCAGCCGCACGUCCCAGACUUGAUGAAGGCGUUGCAGACGCUGGCUUUGGCUUGAUGUUCUUGCCUUGGCCUGACUGGCUGGGAGGCAGUACGUGCCAGCGCGAGUGCGGUUUCCUUCCGCUGAGGGUAGAUAGGAUAAUUUUUCGGGGGGGAAGAGGGUAUCUAUGACACGCCGAAGUUGGGAACGUGCCCCUCCCCUUGCACGGGAACCCUCUGUUGCACGGCACCCUCUGUCAGUCAAGGCCCCUCCCCAGGCAGAUUCUAAAAAUUUCUUUUGUGGGGACCCGUGACUUAAUCGCGAGGAAAUAGGAUAGUUGGCGCGCAGCACGUGUACAUAUUUGUCAUUGUCUGCUGCUUCUCUUCGAGCUGACGGACGGCGCCGCGGAUAGGCAGCAAGCUGUCAGUCCGCAGUAAAUGUGCAGCGGGCUCGGAGGGAUUCAGCGUGGCGUGCGGUGUGUUGCUGGAGCGUUUGCGGUGGAAAAGGUUUUUCUUCCACAACUCAGGAGCGAAAGAAGGACGUACACGUACAUAAAUCCACGUCGGUUUCGAGAGUACGCAUUGCGCGAACGUUCGUAUCACGCGGCCUGUCUCGCGGAUUGGGGAGCCG